AAAUUUUCAAUUAAUGAUUUAGGUAUUAUAAAAAACUUUAAUUAAAUAAAUAAUAAAUAACUCAACCAACAAGAUCAAAGCAAAAAGAAUUAAUAAAUAAAUAAAUAAAUAAGUAAGUAAGUAAGUAAAUAGAAAAACAUGUUUUCUGAAUAAAAAGUUUCUAGUCAAUAAAACUUCAUAGUUGGAUUACUCUAGGGCAUAGACAUCUUUGGUGUUGGUAUUAAUAUAAGGUUUAACUAGUAAUGUAAGCAUAAGACAGGAUUUGGAGGUUUUGUUACAUUAGCUCUAACUAGUUUAUUGCUAAUCCUCUUCAUCUAAUCUAUUCUAACCAUCAUCAAUAAAUCUAAUCCCCAAGUAAUAUUCCAGUAGAAUUUUGUUUCUAAUCCGUCCAGAUACAACUUGACUAGUGAGAAUUUUUCAUUUGCAAUCACUCUGCUUGAUGCAAACUUUAAUCCGAUUAAUGACAAAAGUAUUUUUAGAUUUGAGGGCAAUUUUCUCUACAAAGAACCAUAAUUAAAUGCUGAUGGCAGUGAAGGACCUUCAGUUUUUAAGAACAAAGUGAUCGAAUUAGAACUUUGUACUGAAUAAAGUUUCUAAGUACAAGGCACAGAAAGUUAUUUCUUGAGCUUGUAGUAUCAAAGUAUGUAUUGCUUUAAAAACAUUAGUGAUUACUAUCUUGUUGGUUAAUUCGAAAUGAACGAAUUUUCUGUGAUUUAGAUUAAUGUUAUUCCUUGUGAUUAAUCUGAUCCUAAUAACUAAGUCUAAUGCAUGGAAGAAUCUUAAAAGAAUUAGAUUCUUUCUUAAUCACUCUUAUAGGUUUAUUACAUCACUUAGGUAGUGCAAGUCAGCAGUUAAUAAUAACCAUUUAAACCUAUGGGGAUUACUUAUUUUUGGGAAAACAAUAUUAGCUUUUUGCAAAAUGUCAAUUUAAUGUUUAUGAAAACAUAUAUAGAAGAUGAUACUGGUUUAAUAUUUGAAAAUAAUGUUUAGACAAGCUCGUUACUAUUUAGCAGUGAACGUACAACAAUGUCAAGUAAAAAAGAUUAUUCUAUUUACUAAAUUAGUCUAUACUUGGAAAAAAACAAAGAGUAGACUUAUACAAGAAAAUACUAGAAGAUUUUCGAUUGCUUUUCUUCUAUUGGUGGAAUCUACAAUGUCUUAUUUGCGCUAGGUUGCAUUAUUGCUUAACCUUACUCUCAGAUUUAAUUGAAUAGAAAGCUGUUCAAUACAACUUUCUAAAUAAACAAAAACUAAUCAGAUUAAUAAUUAAAUAAAAGCUAAAAUUCUAUUAAAUCAAUGAGCAAAAAGAACCAAAGUUUUAAAGAUGAUAAGGGAAUUUAAGAAGCAUAAAAUACUAUAGAAGACAGAAUUGAUAAAUUUUAAAUAGAAAAAUUAGAAAGGGCAAAUUAAUUUUUUGAAGACGGGUACAUGGAUAAUAAUCAAAUAAGUGAAAACUAUUAAAAGAGAAAAUCAAUUUUAGAUUCGUUUAAGUAGCACUUUACAGUAAUAAAGAUUCAAACGAGGGAAUAUUUUUCAUACUAUUUUAACUGUUUUAAAAGCGAUAUGAAUGAAUUAAUAAAUUAUGGAACAAAAUAAAUUUUAGCCUAUACUGAUAUUUGCUUCAUAGUAAAUAAGCUUAUUGAACUGGAAAAACUGAAGGCAAUUUUACUUAACGAUGAGCAGAUUUAGCUUUUUGACUUUAUUCCUAAACCAUAAAUAAAUAUUGAACUUAUAAAAGGUGUCAAGAAUAUAAAUAAACGCAGAUUUAAAAGCCUGAACCAAUCAAUUUAAACAUAAAAAACAAUAUAAAAAUAACUAAAAACCUAGGAAUCUAUGAAAAACGAAAAUCAAAAAAGAAGUUAGCCAUUUAACAUUUUGUCUGUUUAAAAUAAAUCAAAUUACGAGAAGGCAAAACAGGCACAACAUGCAUUUAAUAGCAUUUACAGAAAUAAACAGAAGUAGUCAAAAAUUGAUAUGAAGCUGAUUCAGCUGCUUGAUUAAGACUUAAUUGAUUUAUUUGAUAAUAAUAUUUUCUAAGAAAGAAAUUUGGCAGGUAGCAUUUUUAUAUUUAAUUAAUCGAUGAGUAAAGCGAAGCAAAGAGAUCAUUCAUGCUCUCCUAUCAUAAACAAUUAAGAUAGGUUUUCUAGGCAAUUUUCUAUUAAAAGUGAUAAAAAUGGAUUCUAAAAAACAAAUAAUUUUAAUUAAGAGUUCAAGAACAAAAUAUCUUAUUAUGAAGAGAGUAUUUAUGAAAUUUAAACGAGCAAAAAUGAUGAAAUAAUAGAAACCGAUUCCAUUCUACAUAAUUACAAUUCUUAACCUAAAAACUUUAUUUUCUAUACCAAUGAAAAAAAUAAAGUUCAUUUUACUAAUGAUCAAGAAAAACAAACAGAAAAUAAUCAUUAAUUGACUGACUGA